CUCCCUCCACUUUUCUCACACUAUAUAACUCCACUCCCACUCUUCUUCAUCUCCUCAUCAUCACUCACUUCCCUCCUCUUUUUCUUUAACUUCACACUUGCAUGCAAGUGAACAAGUCAUCACACAAACACACAUUUAUCUUCUACCACUAAUGGCUGCUACUAUCCUCGACACUAACUGUGAGCUCGACAAGCUCACUUCCGAGAUCUUCUCGAUUCUUGAAAAUAAGUUUUUGUUCGGAGAAUAUGUGAAUGACCCACAAUUAUUUUCUGCCAAACACCAAGCUUUGCCGCUGGAACAGCUCAAAUCCGGCAAGCACAUUACCGGGAAAGUGAGAGUUUUGGCUAUUGACGGCGGGGGUGCUACCGAUGGUGUGCUUUCCGGGAAGGCUUUAGUCCAUCUAGAAUCAUGUCUCCGGGAGAAAUCUGGUGACCCAAAUGCGAGAAUUGCCGAUUUUUUCGAUGUCGUUGCUGGCUCCGGCGCCGGCGGCGUUCUCGCCGCGCUUUUGUUCACCGCCGGAAAAGACGGAAGACCCAUUUUCACGGCGACGGAAGCUUUGAAUUUCGUUGUCGAGAACCGCCGGAAAAUUUUCAGGUCGCCGGCGGCAGGAGGGUUCCGGCGGUUUUUCCGGUCACCGGAGAAUGUGUUCGGCAAGAGGUUCGGCGAGUUGACUUUAAAAGACACGUUGAAGGCUGUUUUGAUCCCUUGUUAUGAUCUGACAAGUGGUGCGCCUUUCGUUUUUUCCCGCGCUGAUGCUUUCGAAACCGACGGCUACGAUUUCAUGAUCAAGGAUGUGUGUGCUGCCACGUCAGCUGGCCACGUGGCAGUUGAGAUGAAAUCAAUUGAUCGGAAAACAAUGAUCACGGCAAUCGGCGGAGAAAUUGCGAUGAACAAUCCGACGUCCGCGGCCAUCACUCAUGUGCUUAAUAACAAGCAAGAAUUUCCGUUUUGUAAUGGAGUUGAGGACUUGUUGGUUGUGUCUUUGGGCAAUGGUGAAUCAUGUCCCGGUCUUGUCGGAAAAUUAUCCGCUUUGCCGACAGCAUUUGUCAAGAUAGCCGGAGAAGGAGUUUCGGACAUGGUUGAUCAAGCUGUAUCCAUGGCAUUUGGAGAGUGUAGGUCAAGUGAUUAUGUUCGCAUACAAGCCACUAAUGGUGUCGGUAGCUCAAAAGGGGACAAGAAUGACAAGGUAUUGGCAUCAAUUGAUCAAAUGUUGAGACAAAAGAGUGUAGAAUCAGUGUUGUUCAAGGGGAAAAAGUUGGUUCAAAAGACUAAUCUGGAGAAACUGGAGUUAUUUUCCGGAGAAUUAGUUCAGGAGCACGAGAGGAGAAAGACGAGUAUCCUCCCAACUGUGGUGUUAAAACACGCGUCUGGUGGAUCACCAAGAACUUCAUCUGCAACGUCGUCAUCAACCUUGUCUUCUAAUUAAUUAGGCGACUAUUAUUAAUGAUUAGCUUCUUUAUUUAGCUUGUGACUCGAGCUCAGCUAAGCCGAGUGAUUCUGGUUGUGUUUGCUUUGCCACUCGUGAUAAAAAUUAUCCGAGAUUGUGCUGUGCUUAGUUGAGUUUAAUGCUAGGGAUAGGUAAAAAGGUUUUUGGUUGGUUUGGGCUUGAAUGAGUGUAUAAUUAUAACAAGAGUGUGAGAGUGUAUUGCAGAUAUACUAAUUUGAAGAAGCUUGGAAUGCUUAUAAGUUGUUAUAGGGUUAGUGGAUUUAUUUUAGAGGAGAGGCAUUUGUAAAAGUCUUGUUAGUGAUUUAUGAAAUAUUAAGACUGUUUUAUUACA